AUGGAUAGCUCCUCAGAAGCUCAUGGGCGUCACAAGUGCGCGGCAUGCUUCCGGCAGUUCAACAAGAUGGAGCACCUGGUGGAGCACAUGCGGGCGGCGCGGCACUCGGCGCACGAGCCCCGCUGCGAUAUCUGCCACAAGCACUGCCGCUCCUUCGAGGCGCUCAGGGACCACCUCGGCGUCGGCGGCUCCACGCUGCCCAAGGCCGCCAACUGCGCCGACGCCUUCGCCGCGCGCGGCUGCGACGUCUGCCACCGCGUCCUCGCCAGCGCCGCCGCGCUCAGAGCCCACCGCGCGGCGUGCAGGCUCUCGCGCACCCCACCGCCGACGAUGUCGAGGGCGCUGCAGCAUCACCAGCUUCCGGCGACGCAGCCGCAAGGAGUAGGAGGCGCGCUCGCGCUGGGCUGCAAGAUGGUCGGCGCCGGGAGCGACGGCACCCUGGACGUCUGCGCGCGGGUGUGCGUCAUCGACGAGCAGGAGAACAUCCUGUUCGAGGCCUUCGUGAAGCCGCUCCUCCCGGUGACGCAGUACCGGUACGAGACGACGGGGAUCCGGCCGGAGCACCUCCGCGACGGCGUGAGCACGACGGUGAAGAACGCGCAGCGGCGGGUGGAGGAGCUGCUGCUCAACGGCGAGCAUUCCUGGAAGGUGCGCACCAGCCGGGGCAGGGCGAGGCUGCUGGUCGGCCACGGCCUGGACCACGACCUCGACGCGCUGGGCAUGGACUACCCGGCCUACCUCAAGCGCGACACGGCCACGUACCCGCCGCUGAUGAAGACGAGCAAGCUCAGCAACUCGCUCAGGUUCCUCACGCUCAAGUACCUCGGCUACGAGAUCCAGACGGGGCACCAGCACCCCUUCGAGGACUGCGUCGCCGCCAUGCGCCUCUACUGCAGGAUGCGCGGGCAGCAGCACCCCCGGGGCGGCGGGGACGCCGACGCACCGGCGGCGACCGCGGACCAGGCGUUCCCGGCGUGGAGGCAGCGGGAGCUGGAGCGCAUGACGCCUGAGGAGCUCCUCCGCCUCUCCACGCCGGACUAUCGCUGCUGGUGCCUCGAUGCGUAG